CCCUGAUAGCCUAAAAGCUUUGGCGAGGCGGAGAAGCGGGAAAGUGGUGUCUUGCUCGUGGCUGUCUAGGUUAGGGCAUCCAUCGAUCGACGCAGCUGUGGCGAGCAGGAUCGCAAGCUUCUCGCCGUCGGCCAUGGCGGGCCGCCACGAGAAAGACAAGGACAAGGGCGUCAAUGUCCAGGUUCUACUGCGAUGCAGGCCCUUCAAUGACGACGAGAUCAAGGCGAAUGCGCCCCAAGUCAUCUCUUGCCAUGACCAACGCCGUGAGGUCACUGUGUACCAGAACAUCGCCAGCAAGCAAAUUGACAGGACAUUCACAUUUGACAAGGUCUUUGGUCCUUCUUCUCAGCAGCGCGAUUUGUAUGAUCAAGCAAUCAUUCCCAUUGUGAACGAAGUUCUCGAAGGCUUCAACUGUACCAUUUUUGCGUAUGGACAGACCGGAACGGGGAAAACUUACACUAUGGAGGGAGCAGGAAGAAAACCCAAGAGCGGGGAACUCCCUUCUGAAGCUGGAGUUAUUCCAAGAGCGGUUCAACAAAUCUUUGACACGCUAGAAAGCCAGAAUGCCGAGUACAGUGUCAAAGUCACGUUUCUGGAACUUUACAACGAAGAAAUCACAGACUUGCUCGCACCUGAGGAACUUUCGAAGGUGAUGGGAGACGAGAAGCAGAAAAAGCCUUUGGCUCUGAUGGAGGACGGGAAGGGAGGAGUACUUGUCCGGGGUCUUGAAGAGGAAAUCGUGACCAGUGCAAACGAAAUUUACAGCCUUCUUGAUCGGGGAUCUUCUAAAAGGCGAACAGCAGAAACGCUUCUAAACAAGCAAUCGAGCCGUUCACAUUCCAUAUUUUCAAUCACGAUUCAUAUCAAAGAAGCAACACCUGAAGGCGAGGAGUUAAUAAAAUGUGGCAAGCUGAACUUAGUCGACUUGGCUGGCUCAGAGAAUAUUUGCCGCUCUGGAGCUAGGGAGGGGCGUGCUAGAGAAGCCGGAGAAAUCAAUAAGAGUCUACUGACGCUUGGACGGGUCAUAACUGCCCUUGUUGAACAUCUCGGCCACAUUCCAUACAGGGACAGUAAGCUCACGAGGCUUUUACGAGACUCUUUGGGCGGCAGAACAAAAACGUGCAUUAUUGCCACCGUAUCUCCGUCUGUGCACUGCCUAGAGGAAACACUCAGCACGUUGGAUUAUGCUCAUCGAGCUAAGAACAUCAGGAACAAACCAGAGGUUAAUCAAAAGAUGAUGAAGUCUGCACUGAUAAAGGACCUCUAUGGAGAAAUUGAAAGACUGAAAUCAGAGGUUUAUGCUGCUCGGGAGAAAAAUGGCAUCUAUGUGCCUCGUGAACGCUACUAUCAAGACGAAGCUGACAAGAAGGCAAUGACAGAGCGUAUUGAACAUAUGGAGUACGAGAUUGAAACGAAAGACAAGCAUCUAGAUGAGAUUCAAGAGUUAUGUGAACGAAGGCAACAGCACAACACCGAACUACAAGCAAAGCUUGUCGAGACGCAGGCUAAACUUGAGGAAACUGUCGAAACUCUUUCGACGGCAAAAGAAAAUCUUAGGCAAACCCUUUACGCAGUUCAUGGUCGUGAAUUUGUCAUUUCUCGGCAACAGGAUGCAGAGACUGUUCUGGUCGAACAAGCGUGCAAGCUUUGCGGCGACUUAGAAACCGCAGCUAAGGAGAUUGACGGUUUAUUCCAAAAAAUAGAGAGAAAGGGCACGUUGGAGUCGUACAACAAAAAACUAGUCGGGACGUUUCGUGAAGAGCUUUCUGUGCACCUUCAGUCCCUAAAUUGUUCGUUAGGCACAUUUUUGUCUCAGCAGCAAAAGCAAUUGCAAGCGCUUGAACAACAACUGGGAAGUUUCAUGUCUUCCAGGAAUGAGAAUGUUGACGAUUUGAAAGAGAGGUUGGAAGGCUUGAAGAGAACCUGUUGUUCUAGACUUCAGUCUGUUCAUGGUAUUGUUGGUGAACACCAGCAAGAUGCCGUUCAUACUUUGGACAAGAUUCAGACAGCUGUUUCAACUCAUUACGCUUCUACUUCAGAUCUACUUUCUGCCGUUGCUUCACAAGCCGAUGGAACUCUGGAAAUGUUCGAAUCGCAUCUUUCUGAGCAGCAGCGUGAACUGGCUUUGUUUGCACAGCAGCAAAGAGAGAGCUGCCGUCACAAUGCAGAAGCUGCAAGCGCGGUCCUGACUCUGAUGGUGGAGUUUUGUGGGAAGUUGAGAGAAGAUGUUACUGAAAUGGGUCGUAUGAUUGAUGAAACUCAUAAGACUCGCCAUGAGCUGCUUUCUGGCCUUUCACUCGAGUAUCAGGAAAUGUCUAAAAGAGAAGAGAAACACCUGCAAGACGAAAUCAGCACCUUGCUGGUUAGUGUUAUGGACCGAAGUAAGAAAAUGGUGGCUGAGCGGAUCAACUCUUUGAUGGAGGCAUCUGCAAAGGAUACACAAUGCAUACGCAAAAGUGUUCUUGACGCUCAAGUGGCCGUUUCCCAUACAGAGGACCGUCUCAACAUCUUUGUAAAGGAAGCUGAUGUCAAUGCACGUGAUGCGUCUGCUUUGCUGGCAGCCAGACACUGUCACAUGGAGGAGCUUCUUCAGCAAAGUGUCAAAGACACCGGUGUUGCCGCAGACAAAUGGAAAUCGUCCUUGGGCUCUUUGCGAGUUCUUGGAGAAAACAACGUUCCUGUUGUUGCUGCAAUAUUCGAGGAAGCGCACAAAUCGGAGUGUCUAUUCUCGACAACCUUGGGCGCCGCAAACAUGUUGGCACAAGAAGAAGUGUCGUCGGAGAUAGGAUCCAUUUCGACGCAUACCAACAAUGUCCAUGCCACUGAGCAUGAGGUGCUCUUGAGUGUCCAAUCGCAUAUUGGAUCGCAUUGCCGACAGCUGAAAGACAUGGAAAUGGAGCACACCAAGAGCGUGGAAGAAAUAACGGGCACCGCGGACACGUAUCUGUCAAGCAGAUAUAAGGAGGAUCAACCGACGUGUACGACACCAAGAAAGCGUUCAAUCGAGAUUCCUACGAGCGCGUGCAUUCAGCAACUACGAGCACCACACUCGGAUGUCCUGCUGCAGGAGUUUCAAGACAAGCACAGCCCCAGGAAGCAUCCAAGGCAAGAAAAUGCCAUGGCAAAAGAAGGCGCGAAAGCAUUCACAUCCUUGGAAGCAGCCAAGCGGGAAACCAGGAUUCCUCUCACUGCAGUAAACCGUAUGGAGCUCUAGAGAGGCUGAGAAGGUACCGCAAGCAGCUAGUUACGAUUCCUUGUACAAUAAUUUAUAGGAUGGACGUUGGCUAGCUCGCCACUCGAAUCCUACGGUUUUCUCCCGUGUCUUUUUAUUUUUUUGCUUCUUUAAAGACUUCUUCCUUCA